AUGGCAGAACAGAUCCUUAUUAAACUAAUGCAACGUAACAUAACAAAAGAAGAGGAACGGAAAUGGGAACACCUAGGAUUACAUCCAGAUGAAAACGGAUUAAUACGAUGCCAAGGCCGUCUACAGGCUAAAUAUUUGCCAAGAGACGUAAUAGAACCUAUGCCUUGCCUGCAAGAAAUGGAACGGCAAGCCAUACUUCUACCCAACAUCCCCAUCAUUGCCAACAGCCAAACCCAACCCACAAAACCAUUCUCAUACAUUGGAAUCGACUUAGCCGGACCAUUCACCAUCGUCGAUUCAGACCACAUCGCAAAAAAAUUCAUUGACAAACACAGUGAACAACAGCAAAAAACAAUCACAAAGUCGGUGGCGAUGGCGUCAUUGUCGAAGCGACGGUCAGUAUGGAUUAUGCUGAGUGUGGUGUGCGUCGAUAAGAAAGAGGAGUAUGGUCAGUGA